AAAAGCUUUCCCACUCUGUCAUAACCACAUCAUUCACCUGAAGCAAAAAACCGAAGUGCAAGCAGUAUUCAAACCCCCCGAUCAAAAUGUUCAAGCUAACGUCCUUUGCUCUCCUCCUGGUCGCCGUUGCGAUCCACGCCGCUCCUCAGAUGCCCGAUGUUCCUGAUAUGCCUACAAUGCCCGACAUGCCAACAAUGCCAGAAAUGCCAGGUGCUCCAGAAGCGCCAGAAUCCCCGGAAGCCCCGGAAGCUCCAGAAGCCCCAGAAGCCCCAGAAGGCCCAGAGGCACCAGCUGCCCCAGAAGCGCCAACUGCUCCAGAAGCCCCAGCCGCGCCUGCAAUGCCAGAAAUGCCGACUCUGCCGAACCGAAUCGGUAACCGUAUCAGCUCCAACCGCGCCUAAGCAAAGGAAGGCUAUCUCGUUAUGACCGAUUUGAUGUGUGCAUUAUGAUCGCAUAAAUAAAUGGAAGAGUUCAUUUCAAAAGCAUGA